AUGGCCGAGGCUGAGUAUUUCAUCUGGACUGCUCCUGAGGGUGACUUUGAGGAAGAAUUUGGAAAUAUCACCAGAAUGCUGCCCACUGGAGAGUAUUUCAGCCCCUGUAAGAGGGUCCCAAUGACCAACAGGCAGGCUGUAGUUGUCUUCUACACACUGGUGUUCCUCCUUAGCUUGCUGGGAAACUCGCUGGUGAUGCUGGUCAUCUUAUACAGGCGAAGGACCCGAUCCGUCACCGACGUCUACGUGCUGAACCUAGCCAUUGCUGAUCUACUCUUUUCAUUGACUCUGCCCUUCUUGGCUGUCUCCAAAUCGAAGGGCUGGAUUUUUGGCACACCCCUGUGCAAGAUGGUCUCACUCCUGAAGGAAGUCAACUUCUUCAGUGGUAUCUUGCUGCUGGCCUGCAUCAGUGUGGAUCGAUACCUGGCCAUCGUCCAUGCCACCCGCACACUGACCCGAAAGCGCUACUUGGUUAAAUUCGUAUGCAUGGGCACCUGGGGUCUAUCUUUGGUUCUGUCUCUGCCUUUUGCCAUCUUCCGCCAGGCAUAUAAACCAUACCGUUCUGGAACAGUCUGCUAUGAGGUCCUGGGUGAAGCCACAGCAGAUCUUAGGAUAACAUUGCGUGGUCUGUCCCACAUAUUUGGCUUCCUCUUGCCGCUGCUCAUCAUGCUGGUCUGCUACGGGCUCACACUGCGCACGCUCUUUAAGGCCCACAUGAGACAGAAACGCCGGGCCAUGUGGGUGAUCUUUGCUGUUGUGUUGGUCUUCUUGCUUUGUUGCCUGCCCUACAAUCUGGUUCUGCUCUCGGACACUCUCUUAGGAGCCCACUUGAUUCAAGAUACUUGCGAGCGCCGCAAUAACAUUGACCAGGCCCUGUAUAUUACCGAGAUCCUGGGCUUUUCUCACAGUUGUCUUAACCCGGUCAUCUAUGCCUUUGUUGGCCAAAGUUUUCGUCAUGAAUUCCUCAAGAUCCUUGCUAACCUGGUUCACAAGGAGGUUUUGACACACCACUCUGCUUCCUUUCUCACGUCUCUCACCACUGUCUAUUAAACUUCUGAGAAUUA